AUGGGAAUUAAGAAAAUCUGAUCCCUUCAUUGUAAUUUUAGGUUAGCAUUUUACCAAGCUGGCAAUCGAUUGGGUUUUUUAAAGGGUGCUCAAGUAAUCCGGGCCUAAAUAUCCUCCCCUCCAUGUCUGCUUCAUUUCAAUCAUCUGUACAAAAUAUUUUGUGUUUUCUAUACAACAGAAGAUAACUUUCUCUUCUUUUCUUCUCCUGGGUUAUUAUUAUUAUUAUUUUUUUUACUUUUAAUCUUGAUCAUCACCGAUUCUUUUUCUUUAACGCGUUGAAUGUAUUUCUUCACCUUUUAAGAGAUUGAAACUGAGAUAUGCUGCAGAGAGCAGCCACUAAUGCAUAUUCAUGGUGGUGCGCAAGCCACAUAAGGACAAAGCAGUCAAAAUGGCUGGAACAAAACCUCCAAGACAUGGAGGAAAAGGUGACCAGCAUGCUCAAAAUCAUCGAAAACAAUGGGGACACUUUUUCCCAAAGAGUCGAUAUGUACUAUAGGAAGAGGCCAGAACUUAUAGAACAUGUGGAAGAUUCCUACCGGGCAUAUCGAGCAUUGGCAGAGAGAUAUGAUCAUCUAUCAAGAGAGAUGCAAAGUGCCAAUCGCACCAUUGCAGCUGUCUUCCCAGAGCAAGUUCACUAUGAUAUGGAUGAUUAUGAUGAUGAUCAAGCGAACAUCCCCAGGUCCACUUCUUCUGAUGAUCCUGGGAUGCCAUCCAAUACUUUUAAAAGAAAUAUUCCUAAAGUCCCCACCAUGCCCAAGAGAGAAUUCAGGACUCGAUCCAUGAUAUUGGCAAAAAGGGAAAGGGAGCAGCUGAACGGAACUCCUAGCCCUGUUAAAUCUCCUGCACCUCCAAGUUCAGGCCUGAGGCAGGAAGAGGCAAUUGCGGAAAUUGAAAAGAUUCAGAAAGUAAUUUUGGCUCUGCAGACUGAAAGAGAGUUUGUACAAAGCAUAUAUGAACGCAGUUAUGCGAAACGUAGCAAAAUUGAUAAGCAGAUAACUGAUAUGCAGGCUAAACUUAGCAGGUUACAAGAUGAGUUUGGUAUUGUCAAUGUUAUUGAGGAUAACGAAGCUCGGACUUUGAUGGCAGCUACAGCUCUAAAAUCAUGUCAGGAGAACUUGGUUAAGUUGCAAGAGAAACAAGACCAAUCAACUCAAGAGGCUACAGUAGAGAGCCGAAGGAUUAAGGAAAUGAUCAAGACAUUCUCACACCUCCAAGGAGAAUUUCAUUCCAAUGUACCAGAUCUGGAGGUGGCAACUGUUGAAGAAGAGGCUGAAUCAGAAGACACAGAUCAACUCAACACAGAACUAUUGCGGCAGAAGAUUAAGAAAGAACUGGAAACAGAUUCCAAUUCAUCCCUCACAGUGAUGCAACUAGCAGCGAAGAUCGAUGAGCUUGUGGAGAAGGUUGUCAGCAUAGAGACUGCAGUUUCUUCUCAAAAUGCUCUCAUGAAUGUAUUAAGGUCAGAAGCAGAUGGGUUUCAGGAUCACAUUAAGACCCUGGAAGAUGAGAAGGAAAUUCUCAAAGAAAAUUCUGAAGACAUGAGCAACAGGCUAAAGGAGUUGGAAGAGGAAAUGCAGAGAGUGAAAAACCUUGACCAAAAUGUCAAAGAGAAAAACAUGAGCCUUCAAUCACAGUUCACUGAGGCAAGUUGUCACAUUGAUCAUUUGUCAGUGAAGUUACAGACUGUAAAGCCAGAUGAGGGGGUGGAGAAUGGAGGCAUGAUCAAAAAAGAGGUAGCUGCCCCAGAUGCCGAAAUAGAUGGAGAGAGUAAAGAAAAUGGAGAGAAGGAAGAGAAGAAAGAAGAGAAGCCUGAUGGGAAGAAAGAUUUGUCACAUACAGACACUAAUCUUGAUAAUCUGGCGGAACAACUCGAGAAUGAUGAGGAAGAAGAUCUACCAAAGUGGAGGCGUCAUUUUGCAAGUGGGUUAGAAGACAGAGAAAAGCUUUUACUGGAAGAUUACAUACUGGUCCUUCGGAAUUAUAAGGACGUAAGAAAGAGGCUUGGUGAUGUCGAGAAGAAAAAUCGAGAUGGGUUCUUUGAAUUGGCAUUGCAGAUAAGAGAAUUGAAGAGUGCUAUUUCAGUGAGGGAUGAAGAGAUUCAAUCUUUACGGAAAUUGAGCCCUCAUCCCAAAAAUGAAGAUGAAAAUAACGACAUUAAUACAACAAAAGAUAAGUAUUCUGUUCAUGCAGCUUCUCCAGAGAGCACGAUAAUGGCACCGAGUGUCCAGGAUUCUAGUCACUCAAACUUCGCUUCUCCUCAGCAGCCAAUUAUUGAGUCUGCACAUGAACAUCAAAUAGAAUCCAGACGAAGAAUGCGUGAACUAGCCGCACUCGAUAACAAGUCUGAUACGAAGGAGACCGCGAAUGAUGGGAUCAAGAUGCGAAGCGUUGAAACCAUCCACGUUGGUUCAGCUAUUGAAGAAAAAAUCCGUUCAGACAUUGAUGCACUGCUGGAGGAAAACUUAGAGUUCUGGUUGAGAUUUAGCUCCUCAUUUCAUCAGAUACAAAAGUUCCAUACUUCAGUUCAAGACUUAAAAACGGAGCUAGCAAAGCUGUCAUUGAACAGAAAUCAAGAUGCAACAAGCAAAACUCUUAUCUCAGAGGCUCGGCCAAUAUACAAACACCUGAGACAGAUACACACAGAAUUAACAUUAUGGUUGGAGACCAAUGCAGUACUCAAAGAAGAACUUCAUGGUAGAUAUGCAUCUUUGUGCAGUAUUCAAGAAGAGUUAACAAGAGUUACCAGUGAAACUUCAAAAUCAGAAGAUACUGAACUAAGCAGAUAUCAGGCUGCCAAAUUUCAAGGUGAGCUUCUCAACAUGAAACAAGAAAACAAGAAGGUUGCAGGAGAGCUGGAGGCAGGUGUGGACCGUGUGAGCAAUCUCAAGGAUGAAGUUGAGAAGACUGUAUUAAAAAUGGAUGAAGAAUUGGGAUUUUCAGAAGAUAAACCAAGAUCGUUCCGUUCAAGGAUCCCCCUGCGGUCUUUCUUAUUUGGUUCUAAGUUAAAGAAGCACAAGAGACAGAAGUCAGCAUCAAUCUUCUCAUGUGCAUUUCCAGAAUUUGAUGAACUAGGCAAUGGUAAUAUGCCUCUGGAGGAACCCCCACAAUAGACUCUCUUUCAAAUCUCUAGAAGGUAUUGAAGAAUGGAGUGAUUCCUAAUAGCUUUAGAAACACAAGUUAGAAUUUGAUGAAAGCCUUCAAUCGCUUUUAUCAGGUUGUAAGUACUGGAUCCUCUCUUCGCAAGUUCUUUUCACUCCCUAAAUAGUUUGUCUAUAAUUAUGAAUUCACCCAUGCAGCUGUAAAUUGAGAUUCUGAAAAGAGUUUAAUAAGUUAUUUGAUUUCGUCUUAAAAUGAAUAGUUCUUUUUUAUGGGAAAA